CUAUGUAUACACAAAAAUAGAUUAUCAGGUACACACACACACACACCACACACACACACACACACACACACACACACACACAUACACACAUACACGAAUGCACACUAGUGACAAGACCCGUAAUUCUCACCUCUAUAUAUAUACCCCGUCCUUAAACACACACAAACAUGUAAACACAGGCGUAUACGAGUGAACACGUUGACAUACUGACAUGGAAAUAUAUACAGACGGUUACAUAUUGACACAACACCUAUCGCGCGCGAACAAGCAUACGUACGUAUAUAUGUAUCUAUGAUGGGUGCAUGUAUGUUUAUUCUUGUGUAUAUGUGUGUGUACGAACUGUUCGUUCUGUGUGUUGUGUCUAUAUAUUUGUAUGAGUGUAUGCGUGUGUUUAUAUAAGCGCGCGCACCGAUGGGGACAGCCACGGGCGCACACAGAGGUCCCAUGUUCAGAGAGAGAGAGAAAGAGAAAGAGAAGAGCUAGAGAGAGUGAGAGAGGGGGGGGCAAGGGGUGCGAGUGAAACCAGCCAACGAAGCAAUCACACACACACACACACACACACACACACACACGUUUACAUGCGCGCGCGCACACACACAGACAUGCAGAGGGAGGGACGCAAACAGACGCAUAGACAUGCAUGCAUACAGACGAACACACAGACACACAAAGACGUACUUGUACAAACACUCACACACACACAUACAGAGACGUAUACACGGAUAUACGUAGAGAGAGGGGGAAGCGGUGGGAGUGAUAGAAGUAAGGAAGCAGCAGUCAGUUUGAAAAACGGUGGUGGUGGCAUUAUUAAAAGUAAGAGAACUCUGAUUGUUGUCAGAGAGUUUGUGACGUCCACAAAUAAGUCCACUUGAGUUUGUUAGGACAGUAAGACUCUUCUAACAUACAGUACACACACACACACAUUUACAUCCCUUCCUCGGCGGACCAUUACAGCCCCUUACAGACUAAACAUGAGGGGCAGUAACGGUCUCCUGUACGGAGGGACGUCCGGAUCAAACAGUACGGCCCCAACGUCGAACAGUCGCCGAGACAAAGGACGUCGGAGCCCGAGCAAUAGCAAAAAAGGGUCGCAGCGACCACACAGCAGUAGUAUGCUCCCUCCACCGCCGGACCCUCCUGUUAUCAAUGCCUCCGACCUGUCCGCUUCCACGGACAGUCUCGGUAACGGAGGAUACAGCAGUUUCCUUGGAUCUGCAAAUAAUGGACAUUACCAAAGAGUUCCGCAGCCCUGCCCCGAGUCAGAUGCUGGGGAUUGUGACCAACUCGUUGAGGAUGUUACGGCACCAAAAGUACCGCCAGCACCACCGAUUUAUGGAGAUCUACAGAACCAACAGGAUCUGGAUAACCAAUACAUGGAUCAUACUAGUUCCUGUUCUUCGGCGUCGAAUGACUGUUGGGAUGACCCUAGCAACAUUUUGGACAAUUUACACAUGGUCGCUAUGGCAGACGAUACGGCGAGCAGUACCUCAGAAUCGGAGGUCACCCAAAUUUGGGUCCCAGAAGCCCCAACCAUUUCUGGCA